GGUAAUUCUCUAUCAACACAGAAAAUGGCUGUCAAAACGAGCUCCUUACUGUUCCGGAUUCUGCUGUUACUGUUGGUGAUUUUUGUGUUGGUGUCUAUAGCAGAUGCUGCCAGAGGAGGAGGAAGUAGAGGAGGAAGGGGCAGAGGAAGUUCAACAAAGUCAAGGUCAACAAAGUCAAGGUCAACAAAGUCAAGGUCAACAAAGUCAAGGUCCUCAUCAGGUUCAUCUAGAUCUAAACGAAAGGGAUUUCUUGGAUCCAACACCGCGACCAAAGCUGCUAUUGCUGCAGGAGUUAUUUAUGGUGCAAGCUCUUGGCAAAGACGUCGAACUUAUUACAGCAACCCUAACAGAGUGCCGACUGCCUGCUAUAAUAACAAGUACCAGACAAAUGAGUACGGCAAUGUGUCAUACCUGGGGCGGAUGUUGUGCCCAGGUGAUGGGGACGAGGAUGAUGCUGAGUACUGUUGCGGAGACGAAGGACAGCAGACAUGCUGUUCCUACUUUGAUGACGCGGGUCGUACGGCUGGUGUAGUGAUUGGCAUCAUCGUAGCGUUUGUUGUUGUGGGCGUUUGUCUCUUCUGCUUGUGUAGACGUAAAACUAAGGGAGGCAUGACUCCUGUACAGAGCGUCCGCUCACGAUUCUCAAAACCUUCAGAUCGAAGUCAUGAGAUGGCAGCUGUUCCACUGAAUCAACCACAGGCUUCACCCAACAUACAAUGUAGGUAACAGCUUCAACUAAAUCU